CAUUCGACACCAUAGGAUUGCACUGUGCAUGUGACAUUCAUGUUGCAAAAGAGGGUGAGGCUGCCAGGGUUGUAAAGCAACUUGGAAUAACUAAGAAUCCACAAGAAGUGAUAUCUGAGAUCCAUCCAUUUAUUAUUUUAGGAAUCGAAAGAAUUUGUUGUUAUUCCUGCAGGUUGUUUAUGUGGCCAGAAACCCAAAGGAUGUCUUGGUUUCCUUUUACCAUUUUUCCAAAGCUGCAGUCCAAUUAGAAGAGGUAGAAGAUUUUGGAAUUUUCAUGGAGAGGUUUUUGGCUGGGAAGGUAUAUGGAAGUUUAUGGCUGGACCAUGUGGGAGGCUGGUACUCUCACAAGGAUGACUUCAAUAUUCUGUUUCUUACCUAUGAAGAAAUGAAGAAGGAUCUGAGAAGCUGUGUCUUGAAAUUAUGCAACUUCCUGGGAAAGAGACUGACGGAAAAGGAGGUGGAUGCUGUUGUGGAUCAGGCUACAUUUAAUAAAAUGAAAGCAGAUCCCAGGGCAAACUAUGAGUUCUUGCCACCGGAUCUCAUGGACCACAGCAAAGGACAUUUUCUUCGAAAAGGCACUGUUGGAGACUGGAAGAACAUGAUGACAGUCACACAAAGUGAAAGGUUUGACAGCGUUUUUAAGGAGAGAAUGGAAAAGCUGCCCAUCAAGUUCUGCUGGGACAUCCAUGAGGAAUCAUGAGUCUGCCUUCAGCUUGGAAGGAUGAAAUAAAGUGCACUGUAUGUAUUUAAUCCAGCCCUAUUUGUAAGUUAGUAAAAAAAAAAACCCCUCUCAUAUGGCUUAACAGCUUCCUAAUGUUCGAAUAUGCACAAUAAUUUUUUUUAAACACCACAAUAAAAUUACAUAUGUACUGUC